AUGGCCCAAUCCAACGAACUACAGGUCCUCCCCCCCAGUGCCGGCUAUGGCAUCGUCAUCGGCAUCGGGGGCAUCUUCGCCCUCUUCAUGCUGGGCCUCACCUGGCUCCAGAACCGCUACACAGCCUUCUCCACCCAGCAAGCCGAAGAGUUCAACACAGCUUCCCGAUCAGUCAAGCCCGGGCUGAUCUCCGCCGGCAUCGUCUCCUCCUGGACCUGGUCCGCGACUCUCCUCACAAGCUCCACCUUCGCAUACAGCUACGGCGUCUGCGGCCCAAUGUGGUACGCUGCAAUGGGCACCCUGCAGAUCCUCCUCUUCGGCCUCAUCGCCAUCAAGAUCAAGGCCCACGCGCCAGGCGCACACACCACGCCGGAGAUCGUGCGCGCCCGCCACGGGACCAUCGCGCACCUGACGUACCUGUACAACGGGCUCGCGAUGAACAUGCUCGUCGGCGCCUGUCUGGUGCUUGGCGGGGCGCAGGUCGUGUCCGCGCUGACGGGGAUGAAUGUCUACGCAGCGACGUUUCUGAUUCCGGCGGUUGUCGCGGCGUAUGUGAUUGCCGGGGGCCUGCGCUCGACCUUCAUUGCGGAUUAUACGCACACGGUUAUCUUGUUUGUGGCGAUUCUGGAGGCGUCGAGGGAGAUGCCGAUCGCGCGCAAUACGGACGGGUCGUACCUGGCGUUCCGGUCAGUUGGUGGGCUGGUCUUUGCAAUUGACCUCUUUGUCUCGGGGUUUACCACCGUGUGGUUGGAUCAGGCGUAUUGGCAGCGGGCGAUUGCCUCGCGGCCGGAGACUUCUGUCAAGGCGUAUCUCCUGGGUGGGAUCGCGUGGUAUGGCAUCCCGUUUGGCUUCGCGACCGCCAUGGGUCUCGGGUGCGCUGCCCUGACCAACAAUCCGGCCUUCCCUACGUAUCCCAAUCCACUGUCGUCCGAACAGGUAGCAGCCGGGCUCUCCGCUCCUGCUACCGCUAUAACGCUCCUGGGCAAGGGAGGCGCAGUCCUCAUGCUCAUCCUUCUCUUCAUGGCCGUCUCGUCCCUUCUCACCUUUGACGUCUACAAAACGUAUUUCCGCCCGCACACAGACUCGGCCACCCUGGUCCGGGUUAGUCAUUGGGCCAUCGCGCUGUAUGCACUGCUUCUUUCCGCCUUCUGCAGCAUCCUCAACGCAGUAGGCCUGAGUCUCACCUGGGUUCUUACCGUGCUGGGGGUUAUUGUCGGUGGGGCUGCGGUGCCCGUCGGGCUGAUUCUGCUCUGGGGGCGCAUGUCGACAGUUGCUGCGAUUGUGGCGCCGUGGCUCGGAUUUGUCUGUGGCAUUGUGGUUUGGUUCGUUACGGCCAUGAAGCGGUCUGGGGCGCUUAACGUCGAGACGACGGGGGAUGGAACGAAUGCCGUUGCGGGCAAUCUUGCAUCAUUCGGGGUGGGCAUCAUCUCUGCUGUCGUUCUGAGCUAUUUGUUUCCGCAGAAGUAUCCGUGUGUGGAUGCCCAAGCACCGGGAAUUGAGGGGGUGGCUCCCACGCCUCAGGAGGACACAGUGCAGCCAUCGAAAGCUGUCGGCGGUUAUGAAAAAGCAACGCCAGCACCGGCAAAGAAUGAGAUUGUCGAGUUCCUUCAAGACAAGCAGAUCGAGCCUCUGGACCCGAUUUUGGUUCGCAAGGCAGAACGACUGGCGCAGGGGGCGAGUAUCGUCUUUAUCCUCAUCGCCGUGAUCCUCGUGCCGUUCACCCUCUUCGGAACUAGCUACGUGUACAGCAAGCAGUUCUUCACCGGCUGGGUAGUCGUGUCGCUGAUCUGGAUCUGGGCUAGUGUCAUCAUCUGCGUGGUAUACCCGGUGGUUGAGAGUGCCGGCGCGCUGAAAGACAUCUCUAGAGGACUAUGGAUGGACACGAAGGCGUUGAUGGGAGUGAAAAAGAAGAGUUUGCAGACCAACGCCGUCUAA